UUCCCUGUUGAAGUUGUAGUGGAGAUUGGAGAUUGGAGAGGUCUUCUACAAGCAAUGAAAUGGUAACGACACCGACAAGCUGAAAAUCAAUAUCAAGCAAAAAACUUAUGCUCACAAUUCUAUACCUUCAAUCGACAACUUGAAUCUGGAUUCCACUGUCAUGCUUCAUAUCUUCUUGUGCCAUGCUUAAGAUGAAUUUCCAUUUAAAAAAAAGGGAGAAGAAGAAAACAACAUGUGUGAGGGGAAUUGGAAAGACUUGAACAAGGUUUGCUUUGGAUCUUGAAGUACUUGGAUCCCCGAAAACUGCAUGCUGAAUACCUGAAUAUCUGUCACUAGGGGGGGGAAGUCAAUCAGGAGUUUUAAUGGGUAAGUCAAUCAGGAGUUUGAAUGACUGAACAAUGAAAAUUCAAGGAAACUUGACAUUAUGCUCAGUCUCACUCUGAAUUCAAUACAGUCAGACUAUCGAGCAGCACAUCAAAGACACUCUAGUUAUCAACGAAUCCUACUGUGGUCUGUGGGUUGGCACUUGGCACCAUGCUGAAAGCAAUAUUGCAAGUCGAGACCAUUUGGAUUGCAGGCCAGGCAGGCCCAAAUUAAUCAUUGAGCGUGAGGCACGCUUUCCAUUCACUGGAAGAAGGACGACGUGUCUUUCAGUUCUAGAUCGACGACAUGUCUUGUCUUCUUCCUGGCUCUUGCCGCUGCUGUUUUUUUUACCCCCAUCCUCUUGACCACACACACAACACAUUAGAGAAGCAGAGGAGGGAAGAGAAUGGGAAGUGCAGCCGCGCAAAUUCCGACGAGCUUUGGACAUGAGCUCAGAGCCUGUCUUCGUUGCCGCCUUGUCAAAACUUAUGAUCAGUUCAGAGAGUCGGGAUGCGAGAAUUGUUCCUUUUUUAAGAUGGACGAGGAUCAUGAGCGUGUAGUUGAUUGCACAACUCCUAACUUUACUGGGAUUAUUUCUGUCAUGGAUCCGAGUAGAAGCUGGGCUGCUCGCUGGUUGAGAAUCGGAAGAUUUGUACCUGGUUGUUACACACUUGCUGUUUCAGAGGCACUUCCAGAGGACUUACAGAAUUUAUGUGAAGAUGAGCGUGUGCCCUACAUUCCUCCCAAACGUGUAUAAAUGAAUUGGUGAAGUUAUCCUGCCUAUCACUUUGUAACGUCUCAAACGAUGAAAAAUUUGCGUAGCUAGAUCCAUGAGACUCCUUGCACAAGUAUCGUACGGCUUUAUUAUCUACUCAUGCAGUGUACUAACUAUAUAUAAAAAAGAGGUAGUGUACUGACGCCAUCAUUUUGCUCCUUCAUUCGAUGCUGCUGUGACUAUGAGCGGAGAUUACUUUGCUGAGAAAUGGGCUCAACACUGCUAUCGAGGUGAGAGUCUGGUGGGUGAUGGGAAAGAUGGAUUUCAAGAAAUUUCAUUCAAUAGCUAAGGAGUCGCAUCUUAUAGGAUAUGGAUUCGCAGAGGAUAUGCUUUGUUGGGCUAUGGUGAGACCCAUGCAUUGGAAAUUCUACGCCUGAUAUUUCUAUCCAAUUAAAAAAAAAAAGGAUUUAAUUUCCAUGAGCAAAAAACGAAUGCAAGGAAUCACUGAAAAGCGAUCAUGGGCCACGUUUCUAUUAUGAGCGUUUGGGAAAAGAAAAAGAAAAAGGCGAGAGGGACAGGGCGGUAUUUAUAUGGGCCACGUUUGUUUUCUACAGAGAGAAAACCAAACGGUGGGCCGUUGCGAACCCGGUAAUUGGAAAGCGAUAGGACAAGGGAACAUUACUAUUUACUAGCUGGUACUUACUUCAUAAUCCAAAGGAACAUGCGUGUGAGAUGCCAACAUGCAAUGCGAAUAUGCUUUGUUCAUCUAAAUCCACCACGUGUUUUUUUAAAAUAAAAAUGUAUUGUUUUAAUAUAUUUCUAAAUGAAAAAUAGUUUAAAAAUGUUUUUAUUUUUAUUUUAAAAGCAUUUAAAAAAUAAUAAUUUUUUUUAUUUUUUUAUAACAUUUUAAUACACUAAUAUUAAAAAUAAAAAAUAGUAUCUGAAUAUACUUUAUUAUAAAAUAUCAACGAUGCUUUAUAUCGUGUAUGUGACCAGCGGCGGAGUGGUGAGAGGAAAGAAAAACCAGCGGCCGUAGCAGAAGCAAGCGCGGUAUUUUGUUUUCAAGUGGUGUGAGUUACAUCACAAUUACUGUUGGCGUUUGUUUAGUUUGGGGUUUUAGAAACAGAAAACUAGAUAUUUUUCCAUCCAUCCAUAGACUUAGACUGAGGUGGUGAAAUAAAAUAAUAAACAUACAGAAAGAGAGAGAGGUAGAGAGAGAGAGAGUAGAGAAGAGGCGUGCAGCAGCCAGCAGCUACCUACCCACUCCGCACGAGCACCUUUUACUUCACCAUUUCUUGUCAAUCUCCUUCUUUUUUUCAUAAUUCAUACUGCUAAUUCGUUGUUUUUUUUCACU